UUGAAUAUAGGAAAGUUCCAUCCAACCACUCACAUUAAUUUACUCUUUAACAAUAAAAGGCAAAAAGCAAUACGCAACCCCAUGCAAAUUGCUAUUUUUCUUCUUCUUUCCAAAUGACCAUAUAUAAAAGGGAUCAAUGGUUUCAUCAUAUCAUAAAGUGAAAAAGAAUGGCAAAAUUGUUUAUUAAGCAAGCACAACAAUAUUCAGUAGGGAGGCCAAGUUACCCUGACAACUUGUUCAAUUUUAUAGCUUCAAAGACACCUUGUCAUGACCUUGUUUGGGAUGUUGGCACUGGUACUGGCCAGGCUGCUCAAUCUCUGGCUAAGCUUUACAAGGAUGUAAUAGCCACAGACGCUAGUCCAAAGCAGCUGGAAUUUGCAGCAAAGGUUCCAAAUGUUCAAUACAAAUGUACCUCUCCUAACAUGUCAAUGUCCGAAAUCGAAACCAAAAUAGGAUCAGAAUCAAGUGUAGAUUUGAUCACAAUAGCUCAAGCAAUGCAUUGGUUUGAUCUUCCAACAUUUUACCAACAAGCAAAAUGGUUACUCAAGAAACCAAAUGGAGUAAUAGCAGCAUGGUGUUACACUACGCCAGAAGUAAGCGACUCAGUAGACGCGAUCUUAGAGAAGUUUUACACCAUUGAUACUGGUCCUUACUGGGAAUCACCAAGAAAAUUGGUGGAUGAAAAGUACAAAACUAUUGAUUUUCCAUUUGAAGCUGUAGAUGGUUGUGAUCAUAACGGACCGUUCGAGUUCAAGAUUGAGAAAGUGACGGAUUUGGAAUCAUAUUUCACAUACUUGAAGUCAUGGUCAGCUUAUCAAACUGCAAAAGAGAAGGGCGCUGAGUUGUUAACUGAUGAUGUUGUUGACAAAUUCACAAGUGCUUGGAAUGAAGAUGGAAAGAGUGAGAAAACUGUGACAUAUCCAAUUUACUUGAGGAUUGGCAAAGUUGGAAAUUUGUAUUGAAAAUAAAAUCACUAUUUUCUGUUACGUACUUGUCAUCUUUUAAUAAAACAUCUACUUGAGGCA